AUGAUGCAGCCUGGACAUGGUAUGGCUCCUCCAAGCUUGGGACAACAGCCACCGCAGCAGUACCAGCAGCCGCCACCACAGCAACCCUACGUCAUGAUGCAACCUCAGGCGCCGCAAGCCGUGUGGGCCCAAUCCGCCCAGCCUGCUCAGCAGCCCGCCAGCGCCGACGAGGUCCGUACUCUCUGGAUCGGCGAUUUACAGUACUGGAUGGAUGAAAACUACCUUUACACCUGCUUCGGUAACACCGGCGAGGUGACAUCUGUGAAAGUGAUUAGGAAUAAGCAAACUAGUCAAUCGGAAGGUUACGGUUUUAUUGAGUUUAAUACUCGUGCUAAUGCUGAGAGAGUGCUUCAGACAUACAACGGAACCAUUAUGCCAAAUGGUGGCCAGAGCUUUAGGUUGAAUUGGGCUACUUUCAGUGCUGGGGAGAGGUCGUCUAGGCAGGAUGAAGGUCCUGAUCAUACUAUAUUUGUGGGUGAUUUGGCUGCCGAUGUUUCUGAUUACCUUCUUCAGGAGACUUUUAGGGCUCGAUUUAAUUCUGUCAAGGGGGCGAAAGUUGUGAUUGAUAGACUCACUGGGAGAUCUAAGGGUUAUGGUUUUGUGAGAUUUGCUGAUGAGGGCGAGCAGAUGAGGGCUAUGACUGAGAUGCAAGGGGUUCUUUGUUCGACAAGACCCAUGAGGAUUGGACCAGCCACUAAUAAGAACCCGGCGGCCACCACUCAGCCCAAAGCCUCAUAUCAGAACCCUCCAGGAGGACAAAGCGAGAAUGAUCCUAACAAUACAACCAUUUUUGUUGGCAAUUUGGAUCCUAAUGUCACUGAUGAUCACCUUAAGCAAGUUUUCAGCCAAUAUGGUGAACUAGUUCAUGUGAAGAUUCCAUCUGGCAAGCGAUGUGGGUUUGUCCAAUUUUCCGACAGGAGCUGUGCUGAAGAAGCUAUACGAGUAUUAAAUGGAACUCUAUUGGGUGGUCAAAAUGUCCGCCUUUCAUGGGGUCGUACUCCCUCAAACAAACAGAUUCCACAAGAUCCCAAUCAGUGGAGUGCUGCUGCAGGUGGUGGAUAUUAUGGUUAUCCUCAGGGUGGUUAUGAAAAUUACGGUUAUGCUGCUGCUCCUGCUGGACAAGAUCCCAACGUGUAUAGAAGUUAUCCGGGUUAUGCUGGUUACCAACAUCCCCAGCAGCAACAACAGCAAAUGGGAUAUAGCUAA